UGCAUAUAAAUUCCUUUCGGGAAGAAAAAUGCGAAACACAGUAUAACAGUCUUAACUGUGACCUUACUGGUUUCGCAGCCAAGUGCGAAAGUGACUGUGUUGGGACUAGAAAACCGUAAGCUCACCGUGGUUGUCCAAUAAUGAUAGCCACAGGCCGCGUUGCGGCCGCCGGAGUAAGAAAGAGCGGCUGGCCAGCGGCUCUGGCACAAAAUGCACUGAAGUCCUCAUCAUCCCUCGGUCACACCUGGAAUGCGACGGCCGCUGCUGCAGCGGCUCCGGAACCCGCCCUCGACAGCCAACUACCGUCCAUCCUCCCCUCCCUCUACACCCCCUCUGCUGCUAACGCUAACGCUGCCGCUAACAGCGACAUCAGCAGCACAGCCAGCGGCUCUGCGUGUUGCACUCACAGUUCAAUCUCCACAGCUUCGUACGAUUGCUGCUACAGCUGCAGUAGCAGAGACGGCAGCAGCACUGCUAGCACCAACAGCAGCUGGCAGCCUGAAGCAGAAGCCCACCCCGCCAUGCAUGCCCCAAUGACGACAUUUAGAGGGUUGUACGACAACCGCCCCUGUCGCCUCCGUACAUUGUACGACAGCACCAGUAGCGGUUGGCGCCAUGCGGCCCCCCAUCAUCACCAACUGCACCUCCAUCCCCAACACCCACAUAAUGGUUUCGGAGCCCCUUGGAGGGGCCUGGCAAGUAGCAGUAGUAGCGGCACCAGUGGCAGCAGCAGCGCGACGGCGCCUGCAGGAACAUCAGGAACAAACCCCUCCACCACCCCACCAGCCCCCUCCUCACCCGCCUCGCUGCCCCUGGAUGUGGGAGGCGAGCGGCUGAGUGACACCCAGAUCCUGCGGAGGCUGGUGGGAUACCUGUGGCCGCGAGACAACCCCGAGUUCCGCCGCCGAGUAGUAGCUGCCAGCUGUCUGCUGGUGGUCGCCAAGAUCCUGAACAUCAACGUACCUAUUGCGCUCAAGUUGGCAGUGGACGCCCUAACCGCGGAAGCAGCCGUGACAGCGGCAGCAACAGCGGCAGCUGCGGCGGGAGCGGGAGCGGGUGGUACGGCAGCAGCAGCUGCAGCGGGUACGGCAGCAGCCGGUACGACAGGGUUGGUAUUGUACGGCAUGACGCUGGGCCCGAUCGCGUUGCUGCUGGGGUGGGGUGGAGCGCGGAUGGGUAUGGCGUUCUGCAAUGAGAUGAGGAACGUGGUGUUUGCUAAGGUUGCGCAGGGCACCAUCCGCCGCGUGGCUCGCGAGGUGUUCACUCACCUGCACACGCUGGACCUGGGCUUCCACCUGGCCAAGCAGACCGGCAGCGUGGCGCGGGUGGUGGACAGGGGCACGCGCGGGAUCAACUUUAUCCUGUCCAGCAUGGUGUUCAAUGUCGCCCCCACCGUGUUUGAGGUCACCGCCGUCACCGCCAUCCUCACCGCCAAGUGCGGACCCGCGCUGGGGGCCAUCACGCUGGCCACACUGGCAGCCUACGCCUCCUUCACCCUGGCCAUCACCCGCUGGCGCACCCAGUUCCGCCGAACCAUGAACCGCGCGGAGAGCGAGGCGGCGGGCCGGGCUGUGGACUCGCUGAUCAACUACGAGACCGUCAAGUACUUCAAUGCGGAGCAGCUGGAGGUGAAGAGGUACGACGCCAGCAUGGCUGCCUACGAGGCUGCCGCCGUGAAGACGCAGCAGUCGCUGUCGUACCUCAACCUGGGGCAGAGCGCCAUAUUCAGCGCGGGCAUGGCGGGCGCCAUGGUGCUCACGGGGCAGCAGGUGCUGGCGGGCGCUGCCACGGUGGGGGACCUGGUGAUGGUGAAUGGGCUGCUGUUCCAGCUCUCCAUGCCUCUGAACUUCCUGGGAACUGUGUACCGGGAGACACGGCAGUCCCUGCAGGACAUGGGUGCCAUGUUUGGAUUGCUGCAGCAACAGCCCGCCAUUACGGACGCCCCCAACGCUCAGCCCCUGCCGCCCGCUCCCAACGGCGGCUACGAUGUCACGCUGGAGGACGUGAGCUUCAGCUACCGGGGAACGGCAGCUGGCAGCAGCAGCGGUAGUGGCAGCAGCAGUGGUGGUAAAGGCAGCAGUAGCAGUGGUGGUAAAGGCAGCAGUAGCAAUGGCAGCAGCGGUAGCAAUGGUGGUGGCAGCGGUGCGGAUGUUCGCAUUCUGGAUGGCGUGAGUCUGCAUGUGCCGGCGGGCAGCAGCUGCGCCAUCGUGGGGGGCAGCGGGUCCGGCAAGUCGACCAUACUGCGGCUGCUGUUCAGGUUCUACGACGCGCAGGGCGGUGCCGUACGAGUGGGCGGGCAGGAUGUACGGCAGGUCACCCUGGCCAGCCUGCGCUCCGCCAUCGCCACCGUGCCGCAAGACAUGGUGCUCUUCAAUGACUCCAUCUACUACAACAUCGCGUACGGCAGGCCGGGGGCGACACGGUCCGAGGUGGAGGCUGCCGCCCGCCUAGCCCAUGUGCACGACGCCAUCCUGGGAAUGCCGGAGGGGUACGACACGGUUGUGGGGGAGCGGGGGCUGAAGCUGAGCGGAGGGGAGAAGCAGCGGGUAGCCAUUGCGAGGGCCUUCCUGAAGGCUCCCCACGUGUUGCUGUUCGACGAGGCUACCAGCGCGCUGGACAGCCGCACGGAGGGCGAGAUACUUGAGGCCAUGCGGGCGCUGGCGGUGGGCCGCACCUCCAUCUUCGUGGCUCACCGGCUGUCCACCGCCGCGCAGUGCGACCAGAUAGUGGUGCUGCAGGGGGGCAGGGUGGUGGAGGCGGGUACCCACUCCGAGUUGCUGGCAGCCGACGGGCGCUACGCGGACCUGUGGGCCCGACAUGCGUCACUAGAUGAC